GAUUCUAGUACAAAGUUGUUGCUUUUAUAUAAAAAACCAGCAAAUAUUGAUUACUUGCAACAAAGCUUUGAUUAUCGUCGGGAACGUAAAAUUUUUGCAGCGCUUUCGAUUUUCUUGUUGGAUUCGCCCCCAGCGCCGCGGUAGCCGUACCCAGAACCAUUCGAAUUCACUGCACACGUUUGCUGCCCGCACACAUUGUCAGACUGUCGACGUUUCGGGACAAUGCUUUCGAACAAAGUGCUUUCUUUGAAGAGAUGUGUCUGAUGUUGUUUUCAAAACCUGGAAGAGAUAUUUGAUAUUAUCAAGACGAUGCUAUCUCACUUUCGAUGUCUAAUUCUCUACUCCUUGUUAACCAAUGUAAACUGCGGUGAUCUUGACGGUUGGUCUUCUCUUGGCUGCUGGCGUGAUCUUCCUGCUCGUGCAAUCGCCGGUUUAGAAGGGCGGAGUAAAUCUCUCACUGGGAACUGGAAGACGAGGCCGAAUGCACUGCAGGCGUGCGCAAAUGCUGCAAAAAGUGAAAACUUAAAAGUCUUUGCUGUUCAAGAUGGCGGGCAAUGUUUUGGUGGGCCUUACGCCCAACUCUUUUAUGAUCAAUACGGGCCCUCGAAUUUGUGCAAAGGGGGCACUGGUGGUGUUUGGUCAAACAGCGUCUACGGGUCGGCGUCUUCUUAUCGACGUGUUUUGCAAUCGAAGGAAAAUUCAAAGCCAAUCAAAUGCAGCAAGCCUCUAGAUCUGGUUUUCCUUGUCGAUGGUUCUGGUAAAUCCACCAGUGAGAACAAGCUCCGUUGGACCGAGAUGCUGCGAUUCGUUGCCAGGGCGACCGAGAUGUUCGACCCGGCUACUGCCCGGUUCGGUGUGAUCUCUUAUGGAUCCAAGCCGAAGGUAAUAGUAGACUUGGCGAAAAAUCCUGAAGAAAUCGCAAUGAGGGACCAAAUAAUAGGAUCGGAUUUUCCAGGCGGACAAAGGACAGUCAAUGAUGCCUUAAAAGCCGCUUGGCAGGAGCAAUUGAAACAUUCUAAAGGGGACAGGAAUAAAGUAAUUGUUGCCAUGACAACCAGUAAUAUGGACUAUGGACCUUGGGGUUCAUCACUGUUUUUGACGAACAGGGGGGUUCGUUUGCUUGCGUUCGGCAUUGACAAAAAGCCCACUUACCGCUUUUUGGAAUCAAUUGCAUCUGGGAGACACCCGGAAAAUAUUUACUCCCUGGAUUCAGAUCAAAUGGAUAAAACAUUGCCCUUUCUCACUAAAGAUAUUUGCACUGGAGCCAAACGAAGUAGGGUAGAGACUGUGAGAAAAGACAAAGAAAUUGACUUUAUAUCUAGUCGCGAGUUUGAAACUGUUGGGUCAGUUGUAGAGCGGCCAGCUAAGAAAAAAUCGCUAAAGAGUGUGCCCGGGAGCGGUGAGCUAAAUCAGACAAAAUUGAACAAUGAAAGAAAUGAAACAUCUUCUGCUUCAUCAACACCGCAGGAGGACGACGCAAAGGACCUAGUCAGUCAAUGGAAUACGGGGAAUUGGCGGGACAAAGAAGAGGAGGACACUCAGAAGAACACAACAACUGAAGGUGGGAUGUUUAAUAAGUCUCAAACUUGGUCGGGAAAUUUUAUGUAUGAAGGGUCUUACCAAACUGCACGCGAAGAUGUUAAAACGACAAAAACUGUAACUGAUGAUAACAAGGUGACGAACAAUGAGACACAAAAUGUCCAAUCAAAGCCGUCGCGAGUUAUGGCAGUCAAUAAUUCGUCGUUGUCUGACGGCGACAUUGUCGAGAAGCUUAAAGAGAGCGCAGUAGAGAUGUUGAAGAAAAAUGACAGCGGCAAGGCCUCUUUGGACCAGGCGUCAAAUGCGCCUCUUCAAAGUUUCGCCUGGACAGGGGAUCCUGUGCUGAGGGAAAAUGCACAGGGAAGCAGUGAAUGGAAAGGGAAAACGCUCGGAUCAAAUGAGAAAUUGAAUGUGAAAUAUGCUGGUUCGGGGAAUGGAUAUCUUAUGGAGGAGGGACAAAGGAACUAUGGAAAUGUUUCAGCUGGACAGUUUAAAGAAGACAAGCACGUUAACAAAACAAUCUUGGCGGAAAAUAAUAACCUGCGGCCUAAUCCUGUUAGCUCCAAAGAAAAUACCGAAAACUUUAGCAUUAAAGGAAAAAAGUUACCGCUGACUGGGUUCACGGGUCAUGCUAAGAACGGAAUUAAAUCUGCGUUCGACGACCACAAUGCAUUAGGGAAAGCGGAACAGCCAGAGAUACAAAUGAAUGAAGGGCAAAUGGUGACAACACUGCAGCAACGUGAUAGUGCUUUGAACCAUACCAUUCCGGAAAUGACAUCAAAAUCGAAUGCGACCGUUCAAAAGUCGAAUAACGAAAGUAGGCCCGAGGUUGGUUUACAAGAGCAAGCCGAUUUGAAAGAAAACACGUCCAGCAAUGACACUACUGUUGCUAAUAAAGAUGAACAUCUAGAGUUUCACGGCAGCGACAAUGCAAAAUCAGAUGAAGAUGACGAUAAGAAAGUAUUCGAUGAUAUAGAAAAACAACGCCAAUCUAUAGGGGAGGACGAUGAAGGAUUUAAUUCUAGCAGCUAUAUGGAGGAAGACCAGAAAGAGGCCACGUCAACAAAAAAAGGAGACGGCAAUAGUCCAGAGGGAGAUGAAAAGCCGCUGAAAACAGAACCAUGGGAGGAUGAUUACUCUCUUGAGGAGGAUGAGCUGGCCACACAGCGUGCUUUGGACGAAAAAAGAAAGGAAAUAGACAUUCUCCUAAAGAAAUUAGAUGAAACCCGCAAACGCAGAAAGAAGCGCAAGGUACUGCAUCGUAUCAAGGGAUUUGAUGACGUAACUAGCGAUGACGAUAAAGAUUUUGAGAGUUUUGAAAAUAUGGAUGAUGAGGGCCAUAAAGAUGGAGAAAAGUCGGAGAGCACAAGAGGUAAACACCACAAACAUUACAGACAGAAAAUCAAGUACAACAAACCGAUUGCACGUCACGUCUUGACAAAACACGCUAAAAAGCCUUUCAGGGCCAUACCAACAAAAAAGGCAAUGCUUUUGCUUGAUAAGCUGUACAAUACUGAAAGCAAGACCAACCUCACUGUGAAAUAUGACAUUUUUGACCCUAUAUAUUCUUCAAAUGGUAGGCAACAAAUGACACGGGACAGCUACAAGACGUCUAAGAGUACGCCGAAUAGAAAGGGGUUAACUGGUCCUUGGCGUGGCACCACAUCCGGAAAGGUAGCUGCGAUGCAGCCGUCAGACAAACAACAAAUGUUUCUUAGGCACACGAUUGCUAACAACACGAUUCUUUUUAAGACUGGACGGACGCAGAAGUCAGUUGAAGGUAAACGCAACAAAGUCUCUUCACGAAACAAAACAAAGUCACGAGGUAGUGAUAAACAAAGUCAUCAUUUCGAGACAAAGAAUAGUCAAAAUGAAUUGUAUCAAAAAAAAUUCUCUGAGGCCAGCAGAGAAUCAGGAUGGAAAGCAAACCCAUUGGAGAACACUCCGUUAGUCAAAAUGAAGACCCAGCGUUCUGUUGAUGAUCGUAACAAAUUGAAAUCUGUCAACAAAUUAAGUGCCCAACCACAAAAUAUCAUAGGUCCAAAAAGUGCAACAUUACAAGAAGCUAUUGCUCCACUUAGUGCUGUGCGCCAGAGAAGGCCCAAAACUGCAGUGGAAGAAAACGCUGUGAAACGAGAUGAGACAAGAUGGGCCUUGAGGAAUCGUGUUGCAGCUAAUGCGAAUAAAGAUUCAGGGGAGAACAGCUUCAAUUUGUCAAAUUUUCAGUUCACUUUUUUAUCCAAAAUUGAUAGCGGAAAUUAUUCGAUCUACAGGGUUUCAAAUCACAAAAUACUUGUCAAUCUACAAAGUACAACAGGGAAGCUAGAAUCAUUUUACGGCAAAAGUGUGUCACGAAUAAGCCGUGUAGGGAAUGGUAAGUCGUCGGGAAAAAGCAGUGACAACUUAGCACUAGAUUUGGCAAUGGCGCCGAAACCUGGAAAUGCAAAACGGAGAAGCAAGGGCUCUUCUUCUCGAAACAAUGCCGAGAUUUCUUUUUCUACUGGCAACGUUAAGCUGACAAAUGAUACAAGGUUUGUUGACAAUAUGGAUUACUUCCAAAGUUCACUGGAAACAGAGCAAGGCUCUACCAGAUCUGUUCAUCGCUUUAAGCCAAGGCGAAAGAAAGCGAGAAAGAGCAAAGCUGCUAAGAAGCACAUUAAUAGGAAUGCUCACUACAACGCCACGACAGAGAGACUAGACAACAUAAACAGAACGAGGUUUGACCUUUACGACAAUCGGCUUGCACACGUUGACAAACCGAUAAGUUACUUUGUUAAAGACGCUAGAUACCGCGAUCCGGACCGACUUAUUGUAACAGAAAAUAAUGAUCCGAUAACGGACUCAAGAAUGGUUAAAUUAUUUGUCAAUUCAGGUGAUGAAAACUCAUUGAUGCCGGCUGGAUCGAAUGGGCUGAGCCGUUAUGAAGGAGGAACAGCCAAAAGCAUGAAGGUUGUGGCUGGAAAAGAUGAGGACUUUUCUGAUUGGAAUAAAGAUGUAAAUGCGUAUUCAAAAGCACAAGGGAGCAAGGAUGAUCAAAUGAGGCAAGGUUUGAAUGGUACUGUGAAAAGUGUAGCCCAUAAACACGAUGCACUUCCAGAAGAGGGCCUAAUGAAAAAUGGCAUCAGAAAAAUAGUUGAAACCAGCAACGCAAAUGAGAAAACAGAUAGCAAGGAAACGAUUGAUAAGAAAACAGCAACGAAAAGUGAGGAAAAUAGGCCAGCUGUAAAUGCAAGUCUAAAUUUGGGAAAUACGGUAAACCCAGUCAAGGUACAAAAGCCCGAAAGGGGUAAUAAAAUUUUGGCUGUGACAACCGCGAGGCCUUCAAAGGCAUCUGUUAUUGAGGAAAAGCAGUUGAGGCAGCACAGCGCAACACAGAAAAUCCAUGCUAGUAAUGACGACAAAGAUGUAUGGGUAUUCAAGCCUGAUUCAGUGCAAAAAGAACAGAGCUCUGAAAGACAACACAACGAAGACAAGGGGACUAAAAGCGAAACACUGCAAAGGAAUUCAAGCAUUGUAGGAAAUCAUGCAACAGCAUUGAAAGCAAAGCUGGAAAGUAACCAUGCAACUGAAGAAAGCAAUGCUGUAGAGGAGAAAGAUGAAGCUGUAAUUUCACAGCUAGGACAGGCUGUUGGAUGCACUCGCCCAGUCAAGGUGUUAUUCUUGAUCGAUGUGUCAGAUGCUAUUGGAACUGGACCUACGAGACAAAGAAAAUGGAACCACAUGAAACGGUUUCUGCGUUCUGUCAAUGAUAGAGUAACACACAGUGGCACCAUGGGAUACAUUGUGUUUGAUACUGAGCCGCGAUUUUUGCAUCAUUUAGAGCCAUGUGACGAGAAAACAGAAUAUUUUGUCACCAAUGGCGAAUGUCUUUGUGACCAUCGUGCGCCCUCGUACGUACAGGGAAGGUCCUCCUGUAGUACGCAUGCGCCCACAGCAGAUGAGAAUGUAGAGGACUGGGGCAAACAAGGCCCUCGAACGGCCAAAGCUUUACAGCUGGCGCAGCGCUACUUCCAAGAUCCAAUGUUUGGCGAUUCAAAGAAGCUUGUCGUUCUCAUUACACAUCAGGCAUCGACAGAUGAUGUAUCAGCCGCGGAAAGAAGCCUAAAGGAUGAUUCUAUCAGCCUCGUUGACAUUGAAAUUGGCGAGCGACAUAACAUCAAAAAGAGAUCAAACACCUUUGAUGAUGUAAUUCCAAGAGAUCACCAAAUGGAAGUAUCUUUUUAUAAACUCGACAAAGCCAUUGAGAAUAUAUUCAUGAAAAUAUGUAAAGAGAAAGACCCUACAAAAUCGCGAAGGUCGCGAAUAUACGCGACUGUGAAGCGGCAUAGCAAGUGGUGGUGAGGCUGGUCUUUUUCUGAAGGAGUAAUCGUUAAUCGCGAGAAGGCGAAAGGAGAGUGGCACUUGCUAUGAGAUGCCGAAAUCCUAUUGAAGGUGGGAUCCAGACGUUAUGUUGAAUGAAUGAGUUGAGAUGCAAAAUCCUACUGAUUGAUGAAGUUGGGACGCAAAAUCGCACUAAUGACGACUGACGAGGGUCGUUUAUACCUGAUCCUUGUCUAGGAAUGUCAGUUCCUAAGGCGACCAGCCUUCGCAGCCAACAUUUUAGACCGGCUGAUUUACCGUGAUUAUGAGGUAAAAGGCUUAUAAUGAAUGAUAUCAUAAAUCAUCGUAUGAAAGUUACGUAUCAAACAAGUUGACGACAGUGUAUAAAUAGUUAUAAACGUUUGAAUAUGUUUCUUAGAAUCCCUAUUAAUAUCUGUUGUCGUUCUUAUUGCGGGCAAAAGUCCUUGCCGAAUUUAUUUGCUUUGGUUGCUGUAAUGUUGUUGAUGUUUGUUAAUCAGAAUAUUUCUCAGUGUCCUAAACUGGAGUUAUGCAAAUAGCCUAUUUGAAAAUAUGGGAGAUUGCGAGGAAUAAUGUGAAGUUGUGAAGCAUACGAAAUGGGUAAAACAAAUUGAUUGGAUUCAUACAAAGCUGAAAGAUAGAAAGUCUGUCAGUAUUUCUAGUGAUUUUUCGUCUUUUGAGAAUCAUGAUUAAAACUGGAGUUUGGAAUUGAGCGCUUAAACAUAUGGGGAUCUUAACUAGCGCUUUCAAUUUAUUCAAAUUCCUUUCCUGCGAAUUACUUUGUCUGCAUUAUUAUUAGCCUUUGCUUUUGCAUGUUAAAGAUUUUUUCAAAUAGGCAGAAUAAACAGCGCUGGCUUGGCUUUGACAAAGUGUAACAUUAAGGCGUGCAUAUCAUAGCUUUGACAUUAAAAUGUGACCGAAUGUUUUUGACGAGAAUCGACAACAUGCUUCCUUUAAAAGUUUGACAUAAAGCUUGAGUUUGGCGCUUGCUGUCGAAGAACAGCUCUGUUUGUAUUGGAUGUCGACCGCUUUAUAUUCAUUUUUACCCCCUCCCCCUUUUUGUCUACAUUUUUACCCCCUCCACCACCACCAAAACAACACUGGAAAAGAGUUAACUUUUUUCCGUUUUACUUCAUCGGUGACUGAUAAAGCAGGGUUAAUCGAAGGUUUCCAUAAAUUUGAACUAUUUAGAAAAAAAUUAAUAUCAGUUUUGAUCUUGGGCCUAGUCUGAUGACUGAAAAGGGUUUUUGGCAUAAGUCUCCAUUAAGUAUUAUGUAACUACCACAGACAAACACUUUUUUGCAUUUACUACCAUUUUCGCAAAAAUUUGGCUCGCUACAUUGAUUUAUGUUCUACUCUCUGUGAGGAGCCACAUCUUCGGCUUUUGAAUCUGUCGGCAGCUCCUAACUUAAAUAAUGACCUCACUACAGUACGUUCACCACGUACACACUAGGGCAUGUAAAUUGCUACAAUUGCCUAGGAACCGCAGACAAACCGCGUCGCGCCGCAGGCAAAUUUGUACUUUCACUAAGCGGUCUUUAUAUAUCAUUACUAAAUUGCAAGUCUUCAUUAACAGUAGCACGGCGAUUGUGGAGUCGAGAGUCAUUCAAUUAACGAUGUA